CAAAGACAGCGGCUGAUCAUUGGUGGACAGAAUCUAGGAAAGCUCAGUGGUGGGGAGAGUGGAGCAGGUUGCGAGCAGUCCAGGUGAGGGAGGGUGCAAGGAGGACAAGAGGCUUAUCGUCGACGGCCGCAAGUCCGCGACGUCGACGCAACGAGUUUACGAGAGGGAGAAUAUACGGAGGAACGUCGUUCAGAACAAGGAGGAGGAAGAGUUCCAGUGGAAGGGGUUCCUGUGAUGUGACGAGGAAGGGGGUAACGGGGAGACCAGAGAGGGUGGAGAAAGAGGACAGAGAAGUCUCCUCUGUCGGGAGACAAAUCCAUCGCGCGUCAGGAACUCGUACGGACCGAAGGGAUAUAUUAGUGAUCCUCUUAAUUAUAGAUCGGAUCUAUACGUGGGAUAAUUUUAUUCAUUUUAUAUACUAGAUUUUUAAAUUGGUUUUUUUAUUGAUUUCGGUUCGUGAACUUCUAUGAAUACAAGUGUUGCUAAUUCAGUAUUGGAUAAUUUAUGAGAAUUAAAAACUAUUAGAAUAGUGGAGCGCAUGGCUCACGACGUUCUUAACAAGAUCUGUGCUUUGUUUUUUCAUUUGCUGUCCUGUGUCCAGCGAUGAGAUCUAAGCCGAUUGCUAGAAGACUUGCACAGGGAAGUAGCGACGAAAGCGAGACAGCAAGUGGAACGGUAGGCGGAGCGGAUGCCUGUGGGGGCGGAAGCGAAAACACAGAAAUGGAGGAAAAUAACUUUCAGCGAUCAUUCACGGACAACAAUAAUCCCAUUUUUCGCGACCUUAAGCCCUUACAUGGAAGCAAUGCGCAUGAUUUGUCUCAGGAUUAUUCGUCUGCAAUUGAGAGAUCGACAUACGAGAAGGAACAGACAGUUUCUUUACAGGAAAGAGAAGAAGAACGCAAGACUUGGGAUUUUAGUAUGAAAAGUCUCGAUUGCGCAAGAUUUGUCAAACUUGAAUCAUAUCAUAAUGAAUAUCCUGUUGUGAUAAAACCAGACCCCUCAGAUCAAAAAGAAUCCAUUGACUGUGAUUGGAUAUCGCCGGUACCGGAAGUUGAGGUUGGAGGCUUAAGAGAAGGAUGUCGUCCCUUUGUUCGAGCGCGUAAAGAUAUUCCAAGAUCAGCGAGGUUUGGUCCAUUUCGAGGAAAGUGGGCCAGUCAACCGUUUAAUCCUCGUUACGCCUGGGAGGUUAAAGUUCCGGGAAGUGGAGCAAGAGGAUGGUUCGAUGCGUCUCAUGAAACGAGUAAUUGGCUCAAGUACAUUCGAAGCACAUCGAGUUCACACACGAUCAACAUGCGAUAUGUUCUCAUUGGAGGAGAGGUUAUUUAUGAGACAGUAAGAGAUGUCACAGCCGGUGAGGAGUUAUUGUUGGGUAUCCGAGAGCCACUUCAACUUCCAGACUUGUUCGGCGAAAAUACGACUGAGGACAGGAGCGAUCGAGAGACCGCUUCUCAACAUAGCGAAAAUAUAGAUGAAGAUAGAGAAGAAGACGAUGAAAAUGAAAUAAAAUGUCCAGUCUGCGAUAAACCCUUUCAAGAAAUUGACGUAUUAGACAAUCAUUUGGUGGCGUGUCAUCGUUACCCAUCAGAACAGCAUCGCUGUGAGAACUGUACGACUGGUUAUGCAUGGCGUCCACUGUUGGUCCGUCAUCGCGCUCUUGUCCAUGGUGAUCUUCGUAAAUAUCUAUGCGAAAAUUGUCCCAAGAUUGAUGAUUCACAGGUUUUCACAGAUCCAUCCAAUCUUCAACGGCACAUAAGAUCACAUCACGUUGGUGCUAGGAGUCACGCUUGUACUGAAUGUGGGAAAACCUUCGCAACUAGCUCCGGCCUCAAGCAACACACCCAUAUACACAGUAGUGUAAAACCCUUCCAAUGUGAAGUUUGUCAGAAAGCUUACACACAAUUUUCAAAUUUAUGUCGUCACAAACGGAUGCACGCGGUCUGCCGUACUCAGAGUAAAUGUGGCAAAUGUGGUCAAUCCUUCAACACAUCAACAUUACUUACUAAGCACAAGAGGUUUUGUGAUUCAACAACUGCCGCUGGCUCACCUGGAACCAUGCCUCAACUUCCAACAUCUGGCACAAGUCCCUUUUUGGUUUAUCCCCGACCUCCGGUUUCCUUACCUGGUGGACUUUCCUUCUAUCCUCCGAAUCUCAUGAGCCAUUAUCCUGCGAUGUUCUCAGGAGCACCGAAUUUCCUCAAUUCGUCACUUUUAUUUCCGCCGAAAAUUGAGGAAACGGAGAAAAGAUGUAAGAGCCCUAAGAAAGAACGAUUUACUCCUCCUACAAUCGUUCCUCAACAUAGUAAAGUUUCUCCAUCUACUGCAGAAGAAGCAACAUCAACCUUUAGACCAUCACCAGCAAGACCCGCAAUUCAACUCAUUCCUAAGAUUGAACCAUUAGAAGAAAAAAUGGAUCAACCAAAGUGGAAAGUGCCCAAAGUGGAAAUAAAAUCAGAAGAGUCCACCGAGGAUAGUGUGGACCAACCCUUAGAUCUUAGAGUUCAGACAAAGAAAAGGCCGGGUACUCCGGUGGGAACGACUUCUAAAAAGAAGCGCAUUCUUUCUCCAGUACCUAUUUCCAUAAAAGAAUCACACUCACAGAUAAAGGAAGAGGCCGAAAUCGACCUUAAGAAUGUACCAAUUCCUCCAAAAAGUAGUGUUUCUUCUGAACAAUCAGCGCCGAACCCUCCCCACAUGGUCUAUCCUCGGCCGAUUCAUCCCAUGUUCCUUGAGGCGAUGUAUAGACAGCCUGGAAGCUUUCCGGGGUUUCCGACAGCGCCACCACCUCCAAGUGGUCCCGGCGAAAAUCGACUCCUUACUUCAUUUCCAUCGUUCGGUCCUCCUCGAGGACUUCCUUUUUUAGGUUCAUUGAUGAACGGCUUCAAUGGCGCUAGACCAGGUGCUUACGAUCAUCUUCUCGCAAGGCCCUCGCUGCGCGCUUUCGACUCCUAUUCAGACGCUGUGAUACCCAACCAUCAUAAUCACCCACACGGGAAAAUGAAGGACCGUUAUUCAUGUAAAUUUUGUGGGAAAGUUUUCCCGAGAUCGGCUAAUCUCACAAGACAUCUUCGAACUCACACUGGCGAACAACCCUACAAGUGCAAAUACUGCGAAAGGUCCUUUAGUAUCUCGAGUAAUCUUCAAAGACACGUAAGAAAUAUACAUGACAAACAGAGGCCAUUUAAGUGUCCUCUGUGUGAUCGAUGUUUCGGUCAGCAAACGAAUCUUGAUCGACACUUGAAGAAGCACGAAGCUGAUGAUGGUAGUGGAGUCGUUUCUGUGGCUGAUUCUCCUGGAAGCAGCAACGAAAAUGAGAGAGAGGAUACAUAUUUUGAUGAAAUUAGAUCAUUUAUGGGGAAAGUUACAUAUGGUGGAGAGAGUGGUUAUGGUAUGUCUCAUCAUCCAGCGUAUUUGCCCGUAAGGCUGCAUGAGAUGCAUGAACCAAAGGGAGAUUUCGAUGAGGAUGAGGACAGUGAGGGAGCAGUCUCGCCCAACGAUGAGGCCGAGAUUUUGUCUCCUAUUGAUCCUAAGGAUUCAGCUUCUCCACACUUUGAUCAUAAGUUAAGAGACAAGCAAAAGAUGCUCAACAACAACACUUCUGAAGGGGUCAUUGAGGUCUCCACGUAGCUGAGAGCUCAAUACUCAUGAAGUUGACGUUAAAUGGAAAUUCACUUUGUAAAUUCAACAUUUUUUAAAAGAAUUUAGGUUAAAAAACUAUUUUUUAUGAAUAUCCAGGUUUUCACGUUAGAACAUCAUUAAAGGUCAAUUAUUGAACAUAUGACAUCUGGAUCUAAGUUAUUUGCUAUUUGUAAAUUUUAAAUCACUAGUCGAUGAUAUUAAUGUAGUUAUUAUUACCCAAAAUCUUUUAAACAAUUUCAAUUAGACUGUCACUUACAAUCUAGAAUUAAAGUUUAGCUUUUGAUUUGUUUAUUAUAAUCUUAAUUUUCUUCGUUUGUAGUAGGUUAUUAACCUGUCAGGUUUAAAUGUUGUCUCGUCAAUAAUUAAGCCAUACAUAUUUUUGUGAAAGUAUUUUAUACUUUUACAAACAAUAUAUAUGGCUUUUGGAUUUUAUGUCGACGUGACUAUUGCCAAGUUCAAACAAAUUAGGAGUAAGCGAAAAUAAUUAUGUUGAGUUUUUGAUUAAUUAAUUUUAAUUAAUUUUAAUUAAUUAAUUAAUUUUUUGAUUAAUUCAAAUUAAUUAUAAACAGAACGAAUGAUUGUCAUAAAGUGUAAAAAUGCCGACUACGAAUAGGGGAGACGAAAUUUUGUAAAAAAAUGAAAAAGUCAAAACAUUCAGGAGAAAAAAAAUCAGGCUAAGAAAAAAAAAUUAGAUUAAAAUUGAAGCAACAUAAGUUACCCCAAUUAUUUUCGCUUACUCCUAAUUGUUUUACUGGGUCUAUUUAAAACUUAUAUAAAAGUUAAUGUAUUAAACAGACAAACAUUUGAAGGGAACACAUCGAAAUGCGAAAUGAAACAAAAUUUUAUUGAAAGACAAUUUAAUACUUUUAUUCAUACUCAUUUUUUUAUGAUUUUAAUUUCUUUUCUUUAACCAGUUAAACCAAAGCGUUCUAGUUUCAAAAUUGUCUUUAACUUACAUUAAUUUAUGAUUGCAUUCUCUUUUUCAAAGAUGGGGAAGAUGUGAACUAAAAUUGUUAUUAGAAAUUGAACAUCAAUUACAAACUAAGUGAAUAAUAUGAAAUAAACAAAAGUAAUCUAAUAUGAAUAAUAUUUUUUUUAUUUUCAAGUAUAUAAAAAUAUAAAAAUUACAAA